CGCGGGACUCCGGGAACUUGCCCGCGCGGGCUGCGGCUGGGGUCCCGCGCAGGCCGGAUGUGUGGGUUCCGUAGGGCCGCAGCCCACCGGACUCGGGCGGGAUUUGACCCGGCUCAGAAGCCAGCCCGGCUGGCCGUGAGGGGACUUUAAUGUCCAACUCAGCCCGCGGUCUCAUUGUUUGAGCAGAGACCGUUUCCAAGGAUCCGAACUGAGGAAAUGUAGGGCAAGAACGCAGGGCAGCCCACAAUGAGGAUCGAGUGUAGAUGGAGGGGCCAGAGCUGGGAAGUGUAGACAAGGGGGUUCAGAGUGUAAACAGAGGGGCCCCAGACCUGUGGACUAUGGGAGGGACGUGCUGGACUGUAGAGUGUAGUCAGGGCUCAGCUGUGGAGUGUAGAUGGAGGGGUGGUAUGUAGGUAGCGCCAGACCCCUUGAGUGUAGACAGAGGGGCUUUGACCAAUAGAAUACAGAUGGAAGGGCCCGGCUUCCUGAAAUGGCCUCAGACCUAUGUAUGGAGUGUAGAUGGAGGGAGAGCUGGUAUCAGGGAGGUCACCCAGGAAAUGAAGACUUGAGCCCACAGCGAGCAACUGGUGUGUGUGUGGGGGGGGGAGCGAAGAGGAGCAAAAUCAAUUUUGAAUCAAGGGACUGUACUUAACGUUUUAAAAGUUUCUGAAGAAAGCACAGAUGUCAGCGCGACAAUUUCUCCAGAAAAACUGGAGUAAUUGUUACACCUUUUUAGUUUGGGGGCUGGAUGACAAGUGGCAAGUACCCAGGCUGGCAGGAACUGGACUUCAGGGACACUGUUGGGACAAAGUCGUGGGGUAGAGGGAAAUGGCUUAAGUACGACUCUGGGGUAGGACCUAGAAGUGUCGAGGGCAGGAAGCAGGUGUCCAGGAUCUUUAACAGACGUAAGGCCAUUUCUGUGAAGUUCCGUGGAACUUACCCUCAGUGGGACAAAGGAAGAGGGUAGCUUCUGACAGGAAAGAUGAAAGACUGGAGAGCUGGCAAAGAAGAUCAACAUAUACCAGAGCCGAGGAAAGGCCCUCAGACUUGGGGUAGCAUGUGUGUGCCAGUCUUUGCGCAGGAGUCAGGAGAAGGCAGGAUUUAUACUGAGUAGGCCAAAUUGCAGUGGAUCAUGGAGUGCCAGCUUGUGACAGAAGACACUUUGUGGUCCUAUGUCGCACCCAGGAGGGGGCCUGUGUCAAGGACUAGCUCACUUUUUGCAUUAUGUUUAGAACAACAACCUCAGAGGAUGGGAGGGUGGUAUUGAGCCUGGUGACCUGGCUGCUACAGUAGCUCCUGCAAGGAUCCCAGAGGGUAACAUUUCAAGACAAAAAACCCCAGUAGCAUCGUGCAUUCCUUGAAACAUGGAAUCCAUGGAAUAGUGGGACAUGCGAUCAGGCUUGACAAUACACCAGGAUGUACAGGGCUGGGGAGCCAGGGAAGCGGCAGCCUGGCCCUGCGCCCCCUCGAGUGCGGAGUGUGGAAGUGGCCCGGGGCAGAGCUGGCUACGGCUUCACCUUAUCAGGACAGGCGCCCUGUGUGCUCAGCUGCGUCAUGAGGGGCAGCCCUGCAGAUUUCGUGGGCCUCCGGGCUGGGGACCAGAUACUUGCCAUCAACGAAAUCAAUGUGAAGAAAGCCUCCCAUGAAGAUGUGGUGAAACUCAUCGGGAAAUGCUCUGGAGUCCUGCACAUGGUGAUCUCUGAGGGUACUAGCCAUGUGGAAUCCUGUUCCAGCGAUGAAGAAGGCGGCCUGUAUGAGGGGAAAGGCUGGCUGAGGCCUAAACUUGACUCUAAGGCUUUGGGUAUAAACAGGGCUGAGAGGGUUGUGGAAGAGGUGCAGUCUGGUGGGAUUUUCAACAUGAUUUUUGAAAGCCCAAGUCUUUGUGCCAGUGGCACUGAGCCUCUGAAGCUGAAGCAGAGGUCCUUGUCAGAGUCAGCAGCUUUGCGGCUUGAUGUUGGCCAGGAUGGUCUCUGUGCACCACACCCCAGCAUGCUUUCCAAGGAAGAGAUAUCAAAAGUUAUCAAUGAUGAUUCUGUAUUCACUGUGGGGUUGGACAAUCACGAUGACUUUGGACUAGAUGCAAGUAUUUUAAAUGUUGCCAUGGUCGUGGGCUAUUUGGGUUCCAUUGAGCUCCCUUCCACAAGUUCCAACCUGGAGCAUGACAGCUUACAGGCUAUUCGUGGCUGCAUGCGCCGCCUACGGGCCGAGCAGAAGAUCCAUUCACUAGUGACCAUGAAGGUCAUGCAUGACUGUGUGCAGCUGGUUACCGACAGGGCUGGUGUGGUGGCAGAGUACCCAGCCGAGAAGCUGGCAUUCAGUGCAGUGUGCCCAGACGACAGGCGGUUCUUUGGGCUGGUGACCAUGCAGACCAAUGAUGAUGGGGGCCUGGCACAGGAAGAUGAAGGUGCCCUGAGGACAUCCUGCCAUGUGUUCAUGGUGGACCCAGACUUAUUUCAUCACAAGAUCCACCAAGGCAUUGCACGGAGAUUUGGGUUUGCAUGCACUGCAGACCCCGACACGAGUGGCUGUUUGGAAUUCCCAGCAUCUUCCCUCCCUGUGCUUCAGUUCAUCUCCGUUCUGUACCGAGACAUGGGUGAACUGAUUGAGGGUGUGCGGGCACGUGCCUUUCUAGAUGGGGAUGCGGAUGCCCAUCAGAAUAAUAGCACCAGCAGUAACAGUGACAGUGGCAUCGGCAAUUUCAACCAGGAAGAGAAGAGCAACAGGGUGCUUGUAGUUGACCUGGGUGGGGGCUCAAGCAGGCAUGGCCAGGGCAGUAGUCCAGGGUGGGAAAGUGUAAGCGGAAGGGGCUCACAGCCUUGGAGUGCACCCUGGAAUGGAACUUUCUGCCAUGACUCAGACGCUGGCUCCCCAUUGGAAACCAGCCCCAACACUGAUAGGUUCUGGGACUUAACAAAGCGUUCAGGGCCUGUCUCUCACAUGGAGGUCCCUCCAGCUACCUUGAGAAGUUCUAUACCCCCUUCCAAGAAGGGUGCCACAGGUUCGAGCUGUGGUUUCAACCAGAGGUGGCUCCCGGUCCAUGUGCUACAAGAGUGGCAGUGUGGACAUGCCAGUGACCAGGAGUCUUACACAGACUCCACUGACGGGUGGUCCAGUGUCAACUGUGGCACACUGCCCCCUCCCAUGAGCAAGAUUCCUGCAGACCGGUACCGGGUGGAGGGCAGCUUUGCUCAGGCUCCACUGAGUACGCAGAAGAGGGACUGGUCUAGGAAGGCUUUCGGAAUGCAAAACCUUUUUGGACCCCAUCGAAAUGUUAGAAAGACCAAAGAGGACAAAAAGAAUUCAAAAUUGGGACGGGGAGUUGCCCUGGCCCAGACUUCCCAGCGCACAUCAGCUCGCAGAUCCUUUGGACGGUCUCGGAGAUUCAGCAUCACGCGCUCCCUUGAUGAUCUUGAGUCUGCAACUGUGUCUGAUGGUGAGUUGACGGGAGCUGACCUGAAGGACUGUAUCAGCAACAACAGCCUGAGCAGCAAUGCCAGCCUCCCCAGUGUGCAGAGCUGCCGGCGCCUACGAGAGAGGAGAGUUGCAAGCUGGGCAGUGUCAUUUGAGCGUCUGCUGCAGGAUCCUGUUGGUGUUCGCUACUUCUCUGAUUUUCUACGGAAGGAAUUCAGUGAAGAGAACAUUUUAUUCUGGCAGGCCUGUGAAUGCUUCAGUCAUGUUCCUGCGCAUGACAAAAAAGAGCUCUCUUACAGGGCCCGGGAGAUUUUCAGUAAAUUCCUGUGCAGCAAAGCCACCACUCCUGUCAAUAUUGACAGCCAGGCCCAGCUGGCAGACGAUAUUCUCAAUGCACCCCACCCUGACAUGUUCAAGGAACAACAGCUCCAGAUUUUCAACCUGAUGAAGUUUGAUAGCUAUACUCGAUUUCUGAAAUCCCAGCUGUACCAAGAAUGCGUCCUGGCAGAGGUGGAGGGGCGUACCCUCCCGGACUCCCAGCAGGUCCCCAGCAGCCCAGCUUCUAAGCACAGCAUCAGCUCUGACCACUCCAAUGUAUCCACACCAAAAAAGUUAAGUGGAAAAUCAAAAUCAGGACGAUCCCUGAAUGAAGAUGUUGGGGACGAGGAUAGUGAGAAAAAACGCAAAGGGGCCUUUUUCUCUUGGUCAAGGAGCAGGAGCACGGGACGGUCCCAGAAGAAGAAGGACCAUGGUGACCAUGCCCAUGAUGUCCCUCAUGCCAAUGGAGGCCUCUGCCGUCGGGAGUCCCAAGGCUCUGUAUCUUCUGCGGGGAGCCUAGACCUGUCAGAGGCCUGUAGGACCUCAGCACUCGAGAAAGACAAGGCUGCCAAACAUUGCUGUGUCCACCUCCCAGACGGGACAUCCUGUGUGGUUGCUGUCAAGUCUGGGUUUUCCAUCAAAGAGAUCCUGUCUGGAUUGUGUGAACGGCAUGGCAUCAAUGGGGCUGCUGUGGACCUCUUCCUGGUGGGCGGAGACAAGCCUCUGGUGCUGCAUCAGGACAGCAGCAUCCUGGCCACCAGGGACUUACGCUUGGAAAAACGUACUUUGUUUCGGCUGGAUCUUGUUCCGAUUAACCGGUCAGUGGGACUCAAGGCCAAGCCCACCAAACCAGUCACAGAAGUGUUGCGACCCGUGGUGGCCAAGUAUGGCCUGGACCUGGGUAGUCUGCUGGUGAGGCUGAGCGGGGAGAAGGAGCCCCUGGAUCUUGGUGCCCCUAUAUCAAGUCUGGAUGGACAACGGGUCAUCCUAGAGGAGAGGGAUCCUUCUAGAGGGAAAGUGUCCACAGAUAAACAGAAAGGUGCUCCUGUCAAACAAAACUCCGCUGUGAACUCCAGCCCCAGAAACCACUCGGCUAUGGGAGAGGAGAGAACACUAGGCAAGUCUAACUCUAUUAAAAUAAGAGGAGAAAAUGGAAAAAGUGCUAGGGAUCCCCGGCUUUCAAAGAGAGAAGAAUCUAUUGCAAAGAUUGGGAAAAAAAAAUAUCAGAAAAUUAAUUUGGACGAAGCAGAGGAGUUUUUUGAGCUCAUUUCCAAAGCUCAGAGCAACAGAGCCGACGACCAGCGUGGGUUGCUAAGGAAGGAAGACCUGGUGCUGCCUGAGUUUCUUCGCUUACCUGCUGGUUCCUCAGAACUUGCCCUGUCCAGCCCACCCCCAGGCAAGGGCUUUAGCAAGAGAGCUGUUACAGGCCAUGGGCAGGAGGGAGCAGCUCAGAUGGAGGAGAGCUACAGCGACAGCCCAGCUACCAGCCCAGCCUCAGCCCAGAGCCCUUGCUCAGCCUAUAGUCUAGGCUCUGCCCACAGCCCUGGCUCCGCCCACAGCACCCCUGGGCCUCCUGGGACCACCCAACCUGGAGAGAAGCCUACAAAGCCCUCCUGCAUCUCCACAGUGCAAGAGGGUACUACACAGGCCUGGAGGAGGCUAUCACCAGAAAUGGAGGCUGGGGGCAUCCAGACUGUGGAGGAUGAGCAGGUGGCUGACCUGACCCUGAUGGGGGAGGGGGACAUCAGCAGCCCCAACAGCACGCUGCUACCACCACCCCCCAUACCCCAAGACACACCAGGACCUACAAGACCAGGGGACAGGGCUCCAGGCAGCGGAGGCCUCCCAGUCAACAGGAUCAUCGACGUGGACCUCGUUUCGGGUGUGUCUCCUGGGUGGGGAGGCAGCAUUCUGGGGGUGCAUCUGGGUCCCAGGAGGGUGAAAGCCAAUGGACCCUUUUUACCAGAUGGUCCUGGCCUGAGCACCAUCCCAGGUGAGCCCACUAAGCCCAAGGCUAGCACACACCAUGCCACCUUUGUUUGAAGCUAUCCUGACCCUGCAAUUCCUACUGCUCCAUGUACUGUCUUCCAUGUUCACAUGGAUGUUUGAGGAGCUCAGGACUCUGAGACAGCAGGGGCCUAUUUUCAGCAAUGAGUCCUCAGGGGCCUGGGAAGAGCCAAGAGCCACUUCGGCCACAAUACCCUCAGGAGCCAAACUAGGAAUUGAGGGGACAAUCUCAUCACAGGGACUGGAUUUCGACACCUCCACAGCAGCCCUCCUUGGUAUUCAGACUUUGCCCAAUAAAAUGCUUCUGAAGACCUGCCAUGUA